ACAAAGCCCAAGAACACCUUUAGUUUAGCUGAGUAGUUCUACUUAAGCUUGUGUACUACAGACACAUUACUGGUGAUGGGUGCGAUUUGGAAAAUAGUUAUGUCUCUCUUCAUUACUGUCGUGCAAAUUCAAGCCAUCAGUCAUAAAUCAACAAGAGUGACCGGGGUGGAAGGUCAGAGAUUUGACUUCAGAUGUAUGUAUCCAGGCAGCCAGUGGCACAACACAAAGUACUUUUGUUAUAAAGACGACUGCAUAUCCAACUCUAUCCUGAUAAUGACAAACAAACACAACCAGUGGGUUACAAAUGGUCGGUUCUCUCUGUACGACAACUCCACGGGAGCCGUCUUCAUAGUCCGGGUGGCUGAACUCAUACUUGAGGACAGCAGAACCUACUGGUGCGCAGUGAACAGCAGCUUACACCCAGACAGCAUUAGUGAGAUUCAACUGAAUGUUUUGCCAGCAACAACAGCAAUCCUGACAGGAACAUCCAGACGCUACACAACUACAGGUGAAAUCCUUCCACUCAGCUUUAAAGUGGACAAGCUUCACCUGCCGUUGUUCCUGACUGCACUGAUGUGUGUUUCAGCACUACUGUUUAUGUGUCUCUUUUCAAUGAGUCUGAUGCUGCUGGGUGCCAGACACCACAGCUCUAGACCACGCCACAACACUGAGACAUCCUCGGACUAUGAGACGAUGAUGCCCGGUGUCAGAAAUGAACCAGAGCUGUGCAGUCAUCCCUCAGCUUUACCGCCCCCACCUGACCUCUGCUCCCACGUCACAUCAAAGUACCAGGAAUCCACUGUCAGUGUGGGCCACUAUGAGAGCGUGGAUUUAGACGAAGCGGCACACAUCUGCCACUACCAACAUCUGGAUCUCAGCCUGCUGGAGGAGCACAUCUACCACAGCCUUCAUACAAACAGCGAACCUAAAGAAGCAUCUGUAGAAGUGAAAACACAGGAUACUGGCACAAAUGUCACAAUGUUUUCUGAGUCACAAAAAAGUGACUGA